UCUUGACCGAAGUGUGCAAUUUCAGUGUGUUAAUAAAGAGGAAAAAUGGUGCAUUAUGGUGCAUUAUUAUUUACUCUAAUCAUUCUUAUAGCACGUCCAAUGCACAAUGUCCAUGCAAUGUCAUUAAAGAAAUGCUGGGCUCUUAUUUUCUAGUGUACUGAUCAUUCAGUACUUUAAGUCCUGGUUAACGCCCCCUACAUACAGAAACAGCACACAAACAUACAGUACAAUAGUUCACUCAAAUACAUCGUCGCACACUGGGGUGCAUAAAUCCAGACUACACAUGUACACACAAAAACAUACAAUGCUUCACACAGUCCAUUACUGCAUGUGUGUGUGUGUGUGUGUGUGUGUGUGUGUGUGUGUGUGAAGCCUUGGCAUAGUCCAGCCUCAGUAAGAAUAGCGGUGCUCAUUUAGGAGGACGUGCUUGGAGUGGACAAAUCAUGCGAAUGGUUUUGGGAAGAGAACGCGCGUUAGACCCACGAUGAAGGAAGGGAGGAUGAAUCACUGCAGAACAUUUGCCCUCUGUUGCAUCCUCUCCCUCUUUCAAACAGGAGGUGUCGAAGGUGUAAACAUCACCAGUUUUGGAAAUCUGAUCCGAGGCACAGUAGGUGGGGAAGCCCUGCUCUCUGUCCGGUACUCCAGCACCAGUCUGGAUCCACCUGUUAUCAAAUGGCAGCUCAAGAGGGAGAAACCAAUCACGGUGGUCCAGUCGAUUGGCACCGAGAUCAUCGGAAACCUGCGGCUGGAAUACCGAGACCGUAUCCUGGUGUUUGAGAAUGGCACUCUCCUACUGCAUAACUUAAAGCUCUCUGACGAGGGAGUGUAUGAGGUGGAGAUCUCCAUCACUGAUGACACCUUCACAGGGGAAGAGAGCAUCGAGCUCACCGUGGAUGAACCAAUAUCCACACCCUAUGUGGAUGUAACCACCUCCACUGUUGUGGAACUGACUGAACAUUUCACUCUGAACUGUUCUCACGACACGGGAACCAAAACCACGUACAGCUGGACGAAAGGCGGAAAGCCGCUGGUUAACCACACUCGCCUGCUGCUGUCUCCUGACCAGAAGGUUCUGACCCUCACACGAGUGCUGCUGGUGGAUGAUGAUGUCUACAGCUGUCUCGUGGAGAACCCUAUUGGCAGUGUGAAGAGCUUGCCCCUGAAACUCACCGUUUAUAAAAGAAGCUCCCUUUACAUCAUCCUUUCCACAGGAGGCAUCUUUGUCCUGAUCACUCUGGUAUCAGUGUGUGCCUGUUGGAAGCCGUCAAAAAGAAGGAAAAGACAGAAAGUGAAGACAAAUACACCAAGAUCCAGCCCUGAAAGUCACCAUAUCAUACACGAGGACAAACCAGAAGAUCAUGUCGUCCCGCUAGUGACAGAUCAUGAGCGCAGGAAUCCGGUCUCACUUUACAUCCUGAAGGAGAAGGACACUCCAAGCGAAGAACCUGCCUCAGUGUGCAAAACGUGCACGAGCAACGGAGGCAGCCCCUCCAGCACCAGGAGCUCCGCCCCACCUCAUACACACUCACCUGAACCUCCAGCACGUGCGUCCCGCCGUUACCCACGCACACCCACCAACUCCCCUCCUGUGCGCCACGGCCAGAGGAGGAGCCACAGCCAGAACCCGCCCACUCAUGUGCCGACUCCACCACGCACCCGCACCUCCAGUAGCUCCUCCCCUCCAAACCGGCGGCCUGCGGAUUCACCUCUCACCGAACCAGCUAAAAGUAGCAUCCAGCCUGUAACGCUACUCCGAGAGAUAGAAGAAGGACUUCCUGUCAACUAAGUUGAGAUCAGGGCAUGUACAUGGAACAGAGAUGAAUGUGAAAAUAUGUAAAUAUCUUCUUUUUUUUUUUUUUUUUUUUUUUGCCAGUGCCUUUAUUUUCAAAAUCAGGAUCUUCACCUAUUCACCUUCACCUAUAUUCACCAAGGUUUAUGAAGAAAUUCUCUUGCUUGCACUGUAGAAAGAAUAUUAUUAUAUAGAACAAAAUAAACCUACUUAACUGUACCUUGUCUCUAGGGUGGUACUCUCAA